CCCACUUUCCUCCCAACCGUCUGCGGCACCCGCGGCCGGUGGCGAUCGCCAUGUUGAUGCUGGGCAGGGGGCUGGAUGCCAGAGAUAACCAGACCAGGCAAAUACGGGAAGCUGUUUCAAAUGUGGAAAAACAUUUUGGUGAAUUAUGCCAAAUAUUUGCAGCAUACGUACGAAAAACUGCCAGGCUACGAGACAAAGCAGACCUUUUAGUAAAUGAGAUACAUGCUUAUGCCGCUACAGAAACACCAAAUUUAAAGUUUGGAUUGAAAAAUUUUGCAGAUGAGUUUUCCAAGCUUCAAGAUUAUCGCCAAGCUGAGGUAGAAAGACUUGAAGCUAAAGUUGUUGAACCUCUGAAAUGUUAUGGGACCAUCAUAAAACUUAAGAGAGAGGAUCUCAAAGCAACUUUAACAGCAAAGAACAGAGAAGCAAAACAAUUAUCUCAACUGGAGAGGACCCGUCAACGAAAUCCAUCUGAUCGGCAUAUUAUUUCACAGGCUGAAAGUGAAUUACAGAGAGCCUCUCUGGAUGCAACUAGAACAAGUCGACAGUUGGAAGAAACGAUUGACAAUUUUGAAAAACAAAAAAUAAAAGAUAUUAAGAACAUACUUUCAGAAUUCAUUACAAUUGAAAUGUUAUUUCAUGGGAAAGCCUUAGAAAUUUAUACUGCUGCAUUCCAAAAUAUACAAAAUAUUGAUGAGAAUGAAGAUUUAGAGGUAUUUCGGAGUUCACUUUAUCCACCAGAACAUCAAACCCGUUUGGAUAUUGUUCGUGCAAAUUCUAAAUCUCCCCUUCAGAGAACUGGUUCUUCCAGAACUUGUACUGGAAUAGUUCAGCAGAUUGCUAGGAAUCACCUUAAGGAAGAUGAAGCAGAAGAGGAGGAAGAGGAAGAGGAGGAAGAUGAAGAAUUAGAAACCACUAAGGAAGAAAGAUAGCUUUUGCCACAACAAAACAUUCCUCAAAUUAAAAAUACUAAUUGUAUUUACAUUUCAUGCUAAGAUAUCAUAAGGGCAGCCAUUAAAAUUACUGCAAAAUAUGCAUUAUUUUGACCACCUUAUGAUCUCUUAAUAGUUUGUGUACAAAAGUUGCAAAAAUUGAGAUAUUUUUAAAAAGUUGUGUCAAUUAUGACAAUCACUUGAAACCAAGUUUUCAAAAGAGAUAUUCCCAUUGAUUAUCUACUAACACAAGGAAAUGAGGUAUAUGCUCAUAUUUAUUAAACAAUAUGCCCUUAUUCCCUUGUAACCAAAUAAAAUGACCUUCAUAAAUUCCUUUGAUGUAUUAUAGAAUCCAUCCACUGUCAAAACAUCUAAAUUUGCUUUGGCCUGUACACUGCUAUAAUUC